GCCGCUCCCAGCCCGCGCCGCUCUCCGCCAUGGCCUCGGUGUUCGGCAGGGCCCGCGGCGGCGAGCGGCAGCCGCCCGGCGCCCUCGCCGAGUGCCGCCUGGCGCUGCUGGGCUGCCGCGGCGCCGGCAAGUCAGCGCUAACGGUGAAGUUCCUCACCAAGAGGUUCAUCAGCGAAUACGACCCGAACCUGGAGGACACGUACGCGUCGGAGGAGCUGGUGGACCAGCAGCCCGUGCUGCUGAAGGUGAUGGACACCGCCGAUGAGGACGGUCCCGUGAACUGCGAGCGCUACCUGCGCUGGGCCAGCGCCUUCCUGGUGGUCUACAGCAUCGAGGACAAGCGGAGCUUCGCCGGCUGCCGCCGCUACCUCGACGUCCUCGCCGCCCACGCCGGGGGCUGCCCGCGCGCCCGCCCCGUCCUCCUGCUGGGCAACAAGCUCGACAUGGAGCCCUACAGGCAGGUGACCAAAGCGGAAGGGCUGGCGCUGGCGGCCGCCUUCGGCUGCCUCUUCUUCGAGGUGUCGGCGUGCCUGGGCUUCGAGGCGGUGCGGCACGUCUUCCACGAGGCCGUGCGGGAGGUGCGGCGGGCGGCCCGGCGCCGCCGGCCCCCCGGCCCGCUCUCGGUGGCCGAGGAGCUCCCCUGCCCGCCGCCCGGCCCGCCGGCCCCCCGGCCCGGCCCCGACGCCUGCGCCUUCGGCACCCUCUCCACCGUCAGCUACAAGGAGAUCCCCUCCGUGGCCCGGGCCAAGCUGGUCACCGUGAAGUCCUCGCGGGCUCAGAGCAAGAGGAAAGCGCCCACCUUGACCUUGCUGAAGGGCUUCAAGAUAUUUUAAGGACGCGGCGGGGGGGGGGGGGGGACCGGCACGGGCGGCGAUGCGCCCCGGGGGCCGCUGGCACGGCGGCGCGCGGUCCCCGCUGCUGCCGCUCGCAGCCGCCCGCACGUUGUCCCCCCCCCAUUCCCCAGCUGAGCGUCGCCCCCGGAGGUCGCGCGCUCUCCGGCCACGUCGCCUGGGGUCUUUCCCAACCCCCUCGGCUUUUCGGGAUUUGCCGCCCGGCGGAUGCCGGCAGCGGGCUCGGAGGCUCGCGGCGCGGCGCGGCUCGGCAAGGGGCCGAGAGCCACCGGCACGGAAGGGGAUGGCGCAGGCGGAUUUUCCCGGGUCCGGGAGCAGCCGGAGCGGAGCGGCGUUCCCGCGGAGGGCCGGGCGGCCGGGGCUCGUCCCGGAGCCCCUCCGGGCUCUGGCCGCCGCUGCACGCCGGGCAGGGCGUGCGCGGGCUCCAGGCUGCCGCGGGGAGAUGGAUGUCUCCAGGUCUGAUUAAUGAUUACUUUACCCUCAAGCUAUACGUGUAAUGCGUCUCACAGGUCAACUGAUGGAACAAUAAGUAGGAGGAAGUUUUUUUUUUUUUUUUUUUUUUUUUUAUCUGAAUAAGAAAGUUGCAAGUAUUAUUACAGCUGACUAAAGGCAUCAAAUGCCCUAAAACUGCCUUGAAAUAGGUCAUAUCUGGCUUUUAAGCAACUUUUUACACUGCCAUAUUCCUGUUUAAAGACUUCACAAAGAGAAAUGCUUCGCUGGCAAGGGCACAUGCUUAAAAACCUUUGCUUAAAAGACCAAGAUAUUUUCAAAAUGUCUUAAGUUAAUUCAUGGCAUUUCCACGUGGCCUGUACAGGGUGUGAUGUAAAGCCUCGUGCAGAGCGCGGGGUACCACGGCCAGGCAACGAACGGGGCCGGGGCCAAGCGUUCUGCAUUUGAUUUCCUUUGCUGUAUCGGGUUGAAUGUUCUGCUUCUCUCUGGGGCUGCUCUUAUCUGCGGAGUGAAAUAUCCGUGAGCGCGUGUAUAUAUGUACAUAUAUACAUAUAUAUUUAUAUAUGUGACCUUACUGAUAUAUAGGAAGGCAAGAUGUGAUUUCAAUCACCCACUUUGGAAAAUAUUUUAAUAAAGACAACUUUUUGGAAAGAACAA